UUUUAUCAAGGUACGACGUAUUGGAUCACGUAUCUCGAUUAUAAGGCAUUACUGUUCGAUACCACUUUUUUAACUUCAAAGUUCAGUAAUACAUUUAAAUGGUUAACAUAAGAUCUGCUUAUAAAUAAAAAUCUGGUAUUUCUGAAAUCGUUUAUGUAUCUUGAGUGUAAUUGAACAACAUGGUCAUCAAUACUUUCGUUAAGCCGAACAACUACAUCCUUUGGUUUGUUGUCACAAGUGCAGUCAUCAGUGUACAGAUCGAUAUCGGGUCAUCUCAAACUGUUCCAGAGAAACCGCCUGCAGUUAGUGCAAGAGCUGGUCCUUUAUCAACUUCGAUUAGACUGACCAUCAUAAACGUUAAUGGCGCGACCCAUUAUAGAGCAUUAUAUGAGCACAACUCCAUGGUGGAAGAAGUGAUAUUUUCUAGCGAGGUUGGUCUGUUCACGGAACAUACCAUCUUUAAUUUGUCCACAUAUACAGAUUAUACAUUCUGUGUGUACUCUGUAAUACGAUUUGACGGAGGAGACCAAACCAGUUUCAGCUGCACGAAUU